AUGUUAGGGUCUCGAAGAAGUGAACCCCUGACACCACUAGAACCUACAGCUGUUGAUGAGGAGGGAACGGAUCAAUGGCUGAUUCUCGAGUGUACUCCCUUAGAAACAGAUGGCAGAGGAAGCUUUGUGCUCGGAGACGGAAGGAAGAUAACCUUGAAGGGGAUCAAUGUUGAUGGGGCCAUGAAACUUCCGGCGAAACCGUACAUGCCAUCGUAUGCUGGAGGUAACUCGGAACAGGCUAGAAACAUCUUCUUUGAAGGAGACACAGUCUCGUUUGUAGGGAGACCUUUCCCGUUAGACGAAGCUGCUAGUCACUUUCUAAGAAUCAAAUCCUGGGGGUAUAAUACUAUUAGAUACUUGUUGACGUGGGAAGCUAUUGAACAUGAAGGACCAGGGAAAUACGAUAUGGCAUUUAUUGAUUAUACAAUUGAAAUGUUGAACAUUAUAGAUCAGGUAGGUGGAUUAUAUGUGAUAUUAGAAAUGCAUCAAGAUGUUUGGUCAAGAUUCACCGGUGGUAGUGGUGCUCCCAUGUGGACUCUCUAUGCUGCUGGAUUAGAUCCUAAAUCAUUCCAUAAGAAUGAGGCUGCCAUCUUACAUAAUGAACAAAGAUUCCAAAGCGAUGAUGACCCCGAAGAUUAUCCUAAAAUGUUAUGGACUUCCAACUAUAAACGGUUGGCUUCGUUGGUGAUGUUUACUCUUUUCUUUGCUGGUAAAAUCUACUUCCCGGACUUUAAGUUGAAUGGUAAAAACAUUCAAGACUAUCUUCAAGACCAUUAUAACAAUUGUAUGAAGUUACUUUGUCAAGCUGUCCUCGAGAAAGCCCCACACUUAUUAGAAAAGGGUAUGAUUCUCGGGUUUGAACUGAUGAAUGAGCCAAACCUUGGCCUAAUUGGUCAUGAGCAUUUGGGUUCCAUCCCGGAUAGUCAACAGCUACGGCUAAGUACUUGUCCGACAGCUUAUCAAUGCAUGAAACUUGGAAUGGGUAUACCUUGUGAAGUGGACAAAUACAGAAUAAGUGUCACGGGACCGCAGAAAUAUGAUACUCAAAUCAUUGAUCCCCAAGGUACUAGGGCAUGGCUUUCUGAAGCGGAAGCAUCAACUUAUGAUUCCCAUUAUGGUUGGGAAAGAGACCCCAAUUGGAUAUUGGGUGAAUGUAUCUUCGCCAACGUUGGAAUCUGGAGUUGGAAUAAAGAGAAACCAUUAGAACAGUCAAUGCCAUUAUUCAAAAGAGUUGAAUAUGGUGAAACCCAGUGUGAGUUGAAACGUCCAUAUUUCUUUAAUGAAGUUGAUCCAAAAUAUAACAUUGUUUCCAGAGAUGAUGGAAAGAAACCGGCCAAGAUUGAUGUGAGUUUCUUUAUUAAUAAUAUGUUUGUUGAUUUCUACGCUAAACAUAAAUCAACGGUUAGAUCUAUUUGGCCCAAUUGCUUUGUUCUAAUUCAAGCUCCAGUAUUAGAAAUUCCUCCUAAUUUGAAAAUAAGUCGAGAUCAUAUUGUUGACUCCAAAACAGUGUAUUGUCCUCAUUAUUAUGAUGGAAUGUCCUUAAUGUUUAAGAAUUGGAACUCAAAAUAUAACGUUGAUACUUUGGGAAUUAUGCGUGGUAAAUAUUGGAAUCCAGUGUUUGGAAUGGUAAUUGGUGAACGAGCCAUAAGAAAUUGUAUUAGAAGACAAUUCCUUGAAAUUAAACGGGAAUGUGAAAUAUACUUGGGUAACAUUCCAAUUUUAAUGUCUGAAACUGGUAUGCCAUUUGAUAUGGAUGAGAAAAAGGGAUUUCUAACUGGAAGAUAUUAUGCUCAAACAGCUGCUUUGGAUGCCAUUGGAUAUGCCUUAGAGGGUUCUAAUAUUAAUCAUACUUAUUGGUGUUAUACCAGCAUUAAUUCCCAUGCUGGAGGAGAUCAAUGGAAUAAUGAAGAUUUUUCAUUCUGGUCAGCUGAUGACCGUAAUAUCACCAUUAAACCCAUCGAUAAGAAACAUUUACAUCGAUUGAGUCCAAGAAAGAAGAAUUAUCACCGUCAUCAAAGAGUCAUUUCCAAUGGUAAUGGAGGAUUGGUGAUCAAUUCAAGUGAAACUGAAUCAGAAACUAAUGAACUGGAUGGUUAUUCUAGUCUGCAUACAUUAAUAUCUCCUUCAAGUUCUAAUGUCUAUUAUGAUCAUAAUAAACAUUAUUUCCCUUCUCCUGAUGGGGUUAGAGCCAUAAGAGCAGUUAUAAGACCUUAUGUUGUUGCCACAGCAGGAGAUAUAAAGACUUGUGAAUUUGAUUUAAAGGCAGUUCGAUUCUCCUUAUCAAUAACUGGCAAGAAAUCUACAAAACCCACAAUUAUAUUUGUUCCCAAAUGGCAUUAUCCAUAUUUAAAUCUGGGUGAUAUUUGGGUUAAUUCUGGAUCUGUCAAGUAUAAUUCUGAUUUGGAAUAUAUUGAAUGGUAUCAUCAAUCUGAAGAAGCUAAUGUUGAACAAGAAGAAAGAGGUGGACUUUUGGAUUCUGUAUUUGGAAUUAAAGAAUCCAAAAUCAUUAAUUGA